UUGAGGGAGUUGUGUUUUCACGAGGAGUUUGUGCAUCAAGUCCUUUCUCUCUCAAGUCUCAACCCAAAACUCUUCUUCUUUUUUUUGGUUACCCACAAAAUCUAAUCCAAGUCUUUUAGUGGCCAUCAAACCCAGAAACAUUUUGUUGGCAUCCCCCAAACCACGUUUUCUUUCCCAAACUACCCCCCACCGGCCGGCCAUCCAUCCAUCCCUCUCUAUCUCACUCUACCACCCAUGGGCCAAAUCAUCAGUGUGAUGCAACGAUGCUUGCCUUUGUGCUUUCCCCUGCCGGAAUCCAAAGACCAAAACGAAGACGUCCAUCUAAACUCAACCACAAGAAGCACCUCGUCUUCCACGGCUACUACAACAUUUCCAUUAUCUUUUGAAUCUCAUUGGGAUUACGAUGUUUUCUUGAGUUUCAGAGGUGAAGACACUCGCAAGAAUUUCACUGAUCACCUUUAUUCUGCCUUGGUGCGACUCAGAAUUCGCACCUUUCGAGACGACGAGGAGCUUCCAAGAGGGGAGAAUAUCUCCACUGAACUUCGCAACGCGAUUCGAAGAUCAAGGUUUUCGAUUGUGGUUUUCUCCGAAGGCUAUGCUUCUUCCAGGUGGUGCCUUGAUGAACUUGCGGAGAUCGUGCAUUCUAAGAAUACCAUAGGUAGCACUCUUCUUCCGGUAUUUUAUCACGUGAACCCCUCAGAUGUUCGAAAACAAACCGGAACUUUUGCGAAAGCCUUUGCGAGACAUGAAGAGCGCGCGCGGUUUCAAACUGAUAUGGAGAUGGUGCAAAGGUGGAGAGCAUCGCUUACUGAAGCUGCAAAUUGUUCGGGCUGGGAUCUUGAAAGCGUUGCAAAUGGGUACGAAUCAAGAUUCAUUAAGGCGAUUGUUGAAGAAGUUUUGUAUAAAGUAAAUCCUGCUCGCUUGAAUGUUGCCCAACAUCCAAUAGGAAUAGAUUCUCAUGUUGUAAACAUGAGAGCUCUAUUAAAUCUUGAAACAAGUGACGUUUGCAUUGUGGGCAUCUAUGGGAUGUGUGGAAUUGGUAAAACAACCAUAGCAAAUGCUGUAUACAACGAAAUAUGUGUUGUUUUUGAAGGAAGUAGUUUUCUUUCAAAUCUUAAAGAAAGUUCAGAAAAGCCCAAUGGCUUAGUUCAUUUACAAGAACAACUUCUUAAUGAUAUCUUAAAAACGAAUUUGAAGAUUGACAAUGUUGAUAUGGGAAUCAUACAGAUUAAGGAAAGGCUUCAUCGCAAAAGAGUUCUUGUUAUUCUUGAUGAUGUGGAUCACAAGAAACAACUACAAGCAUUAGUUGGAAACUUCGAAUGGUUUGGUUCAGGAAGUAGAAUCAUUGUAACAACAAGAGAUGAGCAUCUGCUUACUCGACUUGGAGUAGAUAAAAAAUACAAGGUUGGAGAAUUGAAUAAUUUGGAGUCUCUUCAACUUUUCUCCUAUCAUGCCUUCGGGAUGGCUGGUCCAACAGAUGAUUACAAGGAGCUUUUGAUUAGAGCAGCGGAGUAUGCAAGAGGACUUCCGUUGGCUCUUGAGGUUUUGGGUUCUUUUCUAUUUGGAAGAAGUGUUUAUGAAUGGAAAAGUGAAUUAGAAAAAUUACAACGAAUUCCUCACAAGGAGAUUCAAAAAAUUCUUAAAUUAAGCUUUAAAUCACUAGAUCGCUAUGCAAAGAUGACAUUUCUUGAUAUUGCAUGUUUCUUUAUCGGUAUGGACAAAGAAUAUGCCAUCAGAAUACUUCAUGGUUGUGGGUUUUUUCCAAAUAUUGAUCUUAGUCUUCUCGUUCAGAGAUCCCUCGUGACAAUUGAUCUGCAAAAUAAGUUGAGGAUGCAUGAUCUUAUUCGAGAUAUGGGAAGGGAGAUUGUUCGCAAAAUGUCACCUUAUGAUCUUGGAAAACUUAGCAGGUUGUGGUUUCAUGAGGAUGCAUUAAAUGUACUAGGACAACAUACGGGAACAAAAGCAGUGGAAGGUCUCGUCUUAAAUUUGCCUGUACUUGAAGAUGUACAUUUGAGAACUGAAGCAUUUGCAAAGAUGAAGAAUUUGAGAUUGCUCGAGAUCAAUACUGUAUCUCUAACAGGAUGUUUCGAACACCUUUCCAAAGAGCUAAGAUGGCUUUGUUGGCAUAAAUGCCCUUUAGAACUUCUACCACAAAAUUUUCAUCUAGAGAAUCUUGUUGUUCUUGACAUGCAACAUAGUAAUGUCAAACAAAUUUGGAAAGAUAACAGAGUACUCAACAAGUUAAAAGUUCUUAAUCUCAGCUAUUCCAAAAAUCUUACCAAAUCUCCCAACUUCUUACAAGUCCCACAUUUGGAGAUGCUAAUACUUGAAGGUUGUACAAACUUGGUUGAGCUGCAUGAGUCUAUUGAACAACUAAAAGGUCUUGUUUUGCUGAAUUUAAAUGGAUGCAAUAACCUUAAGAAUCUUCCAAGAAGUUUGUCUAACUUCAAAUCUCUUGAAAGACUUAACUUGUCUGGUUGUUUGAAACUUGACGAGUUACCGGAGAAACUAGAGAAUAUGAUAUCUUUUAAAGAGCCACCGAUAGAGAGAACCUCUAUUAAGCAAUUACCAUACUUCUUUGGUCUUUUGAAGAAUCUCAAAGGUGUAUCUUUAAGUGGAUGUAAGGAUCAAUUCUUAGAAUCUCGGUUAUCAAGUUUCUCAUCGUGGAUAUCUCCAAAAAACAUGAAUCCCAUAAGCUUGCUACGAUCUCCCGGUGGUAGAUUUGGUUCUUUGGGAAGACUAUCUCUCAGUAAUUGCAAAUUGUCUGAAGAUGAGAUUCUCGAUGAUAUUGGGAGUUUAACGUCACUCCAGGGUUUGGAUUUAUCAGAAAACAAUUUUAGUAAACUACCUGAUUGCAUCCGUCGCCUUCCUAAAUUACAAUACUUGUAUUUAGACCAGUGUAAAUCUCUUCUUUCAAUAUCAGAACUCCCCGCAAAUGUAGAGGCCCUUUUUGCACCUGCCUGCUCAUCACUGGAAACACUCUCAAUUUCGCCGAGUUCUCAAUUGGUUUGUCUUAACAUUUUUGACUGCUGCAAACUGGUUAAUAUUGAGGGCUUAAGUUUGGAUUCUAAUUCACACAUUAACUUGUUUGAUUGCAACAAUCUGUCAUCUGAUUUGAGGAAGAGUCUUCUCCAGUGUCCAGCACCCCAAUGUGAUAUGUGUAAUCGUUCCAUUUGCCUCCCUGGUACUGAGGUUCCAGAUUGGUUCUGUCAUAAGAGAACUGGAUCUUCAAUAUCCUUUCAUGUUCCUUCUCUUGCAGAAGGUGAGAUUCGCGUAUUACUUAUUUGCAUUGUUUAUGCAAAAAAGAAAGAACUGGAUCCGUCAAUGAGUGAAAUUACCUUGAAAAUCCAUAAUAAAACUAGAGACCAUCGACAGGUCCCACAAAUUUUUCCCAUUGCUGUAAGCAUGUCAGAUCAUUUGCUUUUAGGCCGGUGGCAUGUUGUAAGAAAUAAAUGGGUGGUGCUCGGACCCUCAGAAAAUAUAAUGGAGAUUGUAAAUGGAGAGGAAAUGGAGGUGUCCUUCGAGCUUUCGAGCUGGGCUAAAGUGAAGAAGUGUGGAGUUCACAUAGUGGUUGAUAGAGAUGGAAGUGCGGACGAGUGUGUCUAUUUUGAUGCUGUCUCAGGUGAUAUGGAUACUACUAUAGACGAUUAAGUGUUAGGUGAAAAUGUUGAAAGCGAAGACUGUUUCAGGUGAUAUGGAUACUACUAUACUCGAUGCGAUUCGUGGAUCGAGAAUCUCUAUUGUGGUUUUUUGCAAAGGCUAUGCUUUUUCCAAGUGGUGCCUUGAUGAACUUGUAGAGAUCAUGCACCGUAAGAACUAAUAGGCCACACUCUUUUUCCUAUAUUUUAUCACGUGGAUUCCUCAUAUGUUCGAAAGCAGACCGUAAAUUUUGCUAAAGCUUUUGCUACUCAUAAGCGGUUUCAAACACCCAGUAGUAAAGGUGGAGGGAAGCUCUUAAUGAAGUUGCGAAUUGUUCCGACUGGGAUCUCCAAAGCCUUGCAAAUGGGUAUUAUACGAUGGACUCCUGUAAUUUUUCAUCCAUCUUUUUACCCUUUUCUUUUGUAUCCUUGUACUUACUUUGUUGUUCAAUCUAUAUUUGUAACGCCCGACUUUUGUAAAAAGCAUAAGUGAAAAUUUUUCAGUUUCCACGUGACA